AUGAAACAGCAUCUAACUAGAACAAAAGGGGAUGUUGGUGCUUGUUUAAAAGUUCCUUUUGAUGUUCAAUACUUGAUGAGAGAAUCGCUAAAAGACAUUGGGAUAAAGAAUAAAGAGAAGGUUGAUUCUAGUAAGUAUAAUACUCCCUACGGUGCUCCCGUACAUAGAUUUGAGGGAGAUAUGUUAAAUGAAGAUAGUAAAGAGUUUCGUCCAUCAGAAAUUCACAUAAAUGAAAGUAGGUUUGGCAGUAAAAAACAAAGUACAAUGCUAGACAAAUCAAAAGGAGAAAAACCUAUUGGGGUUAGUGACUAUUUUGCUCCAAGGACAAUUGUUGGAUCUCAACCAUCAAUUAGGAGUUGUUUAGCUGGAAAAGAUGCAACGUGGAGAGCAGACAUGGCUUUUGCAAGAUUCUUUUAUGAUGCUUGUAUCCCAAUUAAUGCUGUAAAUUCAAUUUAUCUUCAGCCUUUGGUAGAUGCUAUAACUGCAAUUGGGUCUGUGUAUAAACACCCAAAUUAUCAUGGUUUGCGUGUCAAUUUGUUAAGAGAUGCUAAGAAGGAAGUGCAGCUUCUUGUUGACAGUUGCAAAAAGAUUUGGGAAAAUGUUGAAUGUACCUUAAUAGCUGAUGGUUGGACUGAUAAUUCACAUAGGUCAUUGAUCAAUUUUAUGGUGUAUUGUCCUAAGGGGGUUUAUUUUGUGAAAUCAGUUGAUGCUUCAAAUGUUGUGAAGGAUGCUGGGACAUUAUUGAAGAUGUUUGAGGAGGUAGCUUUAUGGAUUGGACAAAUAGUAUUGUCCAUUAUGUCUCAGACAAUGGAUCCAAUUAUAAAGUUGCUGGCAGAAUGUUGUCUGAGAAAUAUCUGA